AUGGGUAAUAGACAUAGUGCUGAGCAGAUCCCUCUUUUAUUUAAAGGCGAGACUGACAAUUACCACGGCGUUACCGUAACAAUAGAAGAACCAAUGGAAGCUGAGGUUUUUACAGAAAGGCUUAGGGCUUCGCUUUCGCAUUGGAGAGAAGAGAGGAAGAAGGGGAUUUGGAUAAAGCUGCCACUUAAUUGUGCUAAUCUUGUAGAGUCUGCAGUUAGUGAAGGGUUUAGGUAUCAUCACGCAGAGCCUGAUUACUUGAUGCUUGUGUCUUGGAUCUCUCGAAAGGUUGAUACCAUCCCAGCCAAUGCUUCUCAUAUUGUUGGUAUUGGUGCUUUGGUCCUCAACAACAAGACUGGAGAGGUCCUCGUUGUUCAAGAAAGGAGUGGUUAUUUCAAAAAUAAAAAUGUGUGGAAGCUGCCUACAGGUGUUGUCAACGAGGGUGAGGAUAUUUGCACUGGAGUAGCUAGGGAAGUGGAAGAAGAAACUGGUAUUAUUGCAGAUUUUGUUGAAGUGUUGGCUUUCAGGCAAAGCCACAAAUCAUUCUUGAAAAGGAAAUCGGAUUUGUUUUUCCUGUGUGUCUUAACUCCACGCUCCUACGAAAUCACUGAACAAAAAUCUGAGAUCUUGCAAGCUAAGUGGAUGCCGAUUCAAGAAUAUGUAGACCAACCAUGGAACCAGAAGAACGAGAUGUUCAAGUUCAUGGCCGACAUUUGCCAAAAGAAGUGUGAGGAAGAUUACUUGGGAUUCUCCACUGUGAAAACUAAAACUUCAUCUGGUAAAAAGAGCUUUAUCUACUGCAAUGCUGAUCACGCCCAUCGCCUUAUAGCAGCUCGUGACCAAGCCUCAACUUCUCUCUGA